AUGUGUGAUAAUCGCAGGAGAACGUAUUGCUGUGUGUUUGUGUGUCUUAAUAAUUCAUCGAUUCCAGAAUUGUCUCUGUUCAGAUUACCUAUUGAACAGGACAGACGCCUUCAGUGGCUGCAUUUAAUUGACCGCGAGUAUUUGAAAAAUAAAUCUCAACCAUACCAUGUUGUUUGUGAAGCCCAUUUCCACCCAGAAGACAUAAUGAAAAACAGCGUUAGAAAAUUACUAAAAAAAAUUGUCUGCCGAGUUUAA